CUUGAUGUACUAUGACUAUGAAGUGAAAAAAGUGUAGACAUCAUUUCGCCAACUGUCAGGAUGGAGGACACAACUCUACUCUGGCUGCUCUUUCUGACCUCACUGCUGAGCUGCCCAACAAACCAAGCCUCUCUGACUGUGAGUCCCAGCAGCUCUCAGCUGUUUAAAGGACAGUCUGUCUCUCUGAGCUGUGAGGACGACGACAGCUCUGCUGGAUGGACUCUGAGGAGGAACACAACUAGAGACACCGGGACACGGUGUGGAGAUGGCUGGGGAAGUCCUUCCGGUUCCUCCUGUGAAAUUGGCUACAUGGUUCAGUGGGACGGUGGAGUUUACUGGUGUGAGUCCAGAGAGGGAGCAACCAGUAACAGCAUCACCAUCACUGUCACUGGUGGACCAGUGAUCCUGCAGAGUCCUGUCCUCCCUGUGAUGGAGGGAGAAGACCUCACUCUGACCUGUAAAACAGAGAGGUCCUCCAACCUCCCAGCUGGUUUCUAUAAAGAUGACUCCUUCAUCAGGACUGAGUCUGCAGGUCACAUGACCAUCCACCAUGUUUCCAGGUCUGAUGAAGGCCUCUACAAGUGCAACAUCAGCAGUGUUGGAGAGUCUCCAUCCAGCUGGGUCUCUGUCACAGGUGAGGAGGUUACCUUUGAUUUCAGGAGUUCAUUCAUCCAGAUAUUCACCUGACAGCUGAUUCUCUCUACAGGGAAACCAAAGACCUCAGGCCCAGCAACCUCUGCAGCUCUGCCCUCGGCCUCAGACCACCUCCACCUUGUGUUAAGACUAGUCAUCCACCUGGUGGUGUUCUGUCCGUACUGCAUCUCGACUUUCAUCAUGGUGUCUUUAUAUCAAGACACAGGGAAUGACCUGCCCAUCUCCGUGGUCACGAUCCCACCCACCCAGGCUGAGGAGGGAUUGGAUGAUGCCAUCAUUGCUGUCACAACAGAGCAUCACUUCUGAACUGAUCUGAAAAGAAGCUCAAAUGUUUAGAGUCCUCUGGGCCCAGUUUUUCAAAAGUAAUCCAGUGGGAUUUCAGAUCACAGAUUGGAUCAAAUCUUGAAAAUGGGUUUUUCAAAAGCAAAAGAGGGAUUCCGAACUAACUAACUAAUCCGAUUAUAAAUGUGACCUGGAUCAGACCUGCCCUUUGGGUUUUUUCAAAACUUUGAACUCAGAUUAUCCUGAUUCUAUCAGAAGAGGGGAGUCAGUUGUGAUUUUUCGAACCACAUAAAAUCAGAGUUUUUUUUUAAGUGAAUGAUCGCAAAAUCAAUGUUUACUGAUUUAUAUCUAAAUUUCUUCAUAUUUGAAG